AUUACUGAUACUGAGUGUCAAAUGAUAAACAAUUUGUAAAAAGUGUAGUUUAAAUAGUAGAAUAUUCGCUGUUACUGUUCGAAAUAGCGUCGAAAAUUAAUAUUAAGCUGUAUAACCAUAAAUAUGGAAGUCCUCCCGAAAGAAGUAGCUGAGCUGGAAAAUAAAAUUGUCACUCAUGAAGCAUAUAAUAAUAAGUCUUACAAAUGGUCAGCAAGAGACUUUGAACUCGGCGCAAGUAUGGGAAAUGGUAAAUUUGGUCAUGUCCACGUAGCGAGGGAGAAAAAGUCUGGCUACAUAGUUGCUAUAAAAGCACUAUUCAAAUCGCAGUUAGUAUCCUCCAGAUGUGAACGACAAGUUAUCAGGGAAAUUGAAAUACAAUCACAUAUAAGACAUCCAAAUAUUCUACGACUGCUGACAUGGUUUCAUGAUGAGAAGAGGAUAUAUCUUGUAGUAGAGUUUGCUGCGGGUGGAGAACUUUAUAAACACUUGACCAGCUCACCAAAAGGAAGAUUUCCCGAGAAUAGGGCUGCAAAAUAUAUUUACCAGGUUGCAGACGCAGUAAACUACUGCCAUCAACGCCAUGUGAUACACAGAGAUAUAAAGCCAGAAAACAUCUUAGUGGCAUACAAUGGUGACCUCAAACUUGGAGACUUUGGCUGGUCGGUGCAUGCCCCUUCAGAAAAACGCAAGACAAUGUGUGGCACACUGGAUUACCUUCCACCGGAGAUGAUUAGGAGACAAUCAUACAAUGUGUCCGUAGACCACUGGUGUAUCGGAGUGCUGCUAUAUGAGUUCCUAGUGGGAAAACCACCGUUUGAGAGCGAGGGUCAAGACAGGACAUACGCUAGAAUUGUAGCUGUAGAUGUGACAUAUCCCAGUUAUAUUACUGAAGGCGCCAAAGAUCUCAUUUCUAAGCUUCUGAAGACCUCCAGCAAGGAUCGUUUGUCGCUAGAUGGCGUGAAAAAUCACUACUGGGUGCAACAAUUUGUUAGUGAAAAAAACUGAUUUUAUUUUAGUCUGUAUUUUGUAUAAUAAUAAUAAUUACAAAAAUAAUGUUUUAAAUAUAAAAUAUAAUAUUUAA